AUGGGCCAUAAACCUUACCGCAGCAGCUCGGACCUCCCCUUCCCCCGCUUUCCUUUAAAAAUCCCAGAUCCCGAACAGGACCCCGCGACUCCCCUGGGCUACUUGCUAGCCCAUGGGGCUUUGGCCGGGAGCUCCCCUCUAAUAAAGCUAUAUUCGGGAGGGCCUUUACAUUUGGGAGAGAUUGAGGAUUUCGAUGGACGAUCCUGUAUUGUUUGUCCCUGGCAUAAAUUCAAAAUUACCUUGGCAACAGGAGAAGGAUUAUAUCAGGCCAAAAACCCGAGAGACCCAUCAGCAAAGCCCACGUGGUGCUCCAAAGGAAUAAAGCAGAGGACCCAUACGGUGACAGUGGACAACGGGAACCUUUACGUGACUCUUUCUACAGAGCCUUUUAGAUGCGACUCUGAUUUUUAUGCUACUGGAGACUUCAAGGUUAUUCAGAGUUAGUUCAUGAUCAAGGAUAUAUGUGUGGCAACGAAAAGAAAUUGUGUGUGCUUUGAAAAUAUUUUUAUGAGAACCAAAGAUGAUGGAUUUUCUUUUUAACCAUAGGCCCAGUGAUGACCUGUCUUUAAAAGUCAUGUAAGUUCAAAGUUUUAACACACACAUCUCUCAUUUAAUGUAAGGAUUACCAUCAGGAUCUGGAGAAUCCAGUUUAUUUCAAAACCACAUGACCCUUGGCUCCAUUACUCCCCAGAGAAGGUCAGCAGACGAGAAGGCAGUCACACACGGCUGUUGCCCGGCCAUGAGAGAUGUGGGCUGGAGUGCUGCGAAUGCCUCCCGCACUUGUUCAAAUAAAGGAUUUUCCUUUUCGAGCACAUCUAGGUCCAACCAAGUGUU